GUGCUAAUAUAAAUAGAGAUAAAGUUGCAUCCGCGCGUGGGUUUCAAACGCGCUAGCAUUUGUUGUUGACUUGUAUUUUCGUUUUGGCGUCUCUCUCUUCUCUCUCACUCGACCCCCCGAUUUCUGAUCGCCGAUCUCCGGCUUGGAUUCUCCGUGUACCGUCGAGGCUUGUCCUCAGAUUUCUGUGUUGAUGAAGAAAACCAUGGAAGUGUUCGAUUUCAAUGAAGAUGACGAACUCGCUGAAUCUGCAGCUGGAAAGCUGUUUGAAAAAUUCACAAACCCUAGUCCUUGCAAUUCUCCGCUUCUGCAACGCCAACGCAUCCGGAGCUUCUGCAAUGAGAAACGUGUUCAGAAACAAGAACCUGAAGGCCCAAGUUGUGCAGAGCCUGCUACUGUUGUUGACGAUGAAGAUGCUCCGACUUUAAUAACAGAAGCUGAGGAGUCCAGAACUAGUCUCACGUUUCGUUUGGAAACCAGUGAGCAUAUAAAAGAAACAGAUGCAGAGUACGUUAAUCAUGGUUUGAUGUUUGGUUUGAAUACUGAAGACCUUGCCAAAGAAACAAAUGUUGAUCACGAUAAUAAUGGAAUGAUGUUUGGUUUGGAUACCGACGACGAGAUGAAGGACUCAGAUGAUGAUCAUGAAUUGGUAAGUUUCUCUUGCCAGCCAGGCAAAAACAGUUACUAUGCUGAAACUUCAUCAUAUAGUCAGCGCCAACUAAACUCAUCCUUUUCAGAUUCUUCUUCCAGUCAGGAGCAAAAUGAUAUGAUGUCAGCUAUUAAUGAAAGCUUCAGCGAUCAAUCUGCGUUGAGUGAAACUUCUGAUUCAGAAGGUGAUGAAGAUUGGAUGGCUGAAAAUUUCUUCAGUGAUGUGGAAAAGAUUGACAUAAGCACAGCUGUUGUAAUGACUUCGGAGUAUGUUAUACUUAAGGAUAUGCACUGUGCUGCAUCUCUGGUGAUCUUUUCAUGCAAUGGCAUAAAAAUCAAGAGUUACCUCGCAAAUAAUGAAGAAGGGCCAUUUUCUUGUGAAUUUGGAGUUGAAGACAUAGUUAGUAUUCAAUACAAUUGGUACCAAAAUGUUGGAUUGAUCAUUCUCAGAAUUCGAAUUCUACUGAAGGAUGAAAAAUGCCAUGAAGAUAUGCAACACACCACAGACAUUGAGGAGUUAAAGAUUGCGGUGAAAGAACACAAUUGGCCUGAGAAGCAACAAAAGAUAAACUUGCUGCAUGUGAAAUACCCGGCUUUGUGGAAUCCUGACUUCGAGGUUGACGUGGAAGUAUCAGGGGAUAACUUGAAUCAACAGAAGCGUUAUUUUCCAAGCUUUGAUGAACCGUUUGAGGAUGUUGUCUAUCCAAAGGGAGACCCAGAUGCUGUUUCCAUUUGCAAAAGAGAUGUUGAGCUCUUGCAGCCAGAGACAUUUGUGAAUGACACGAUCAUUGACUUUUAUAUUAAUUAUCUAAAGAAUCAGAUUCAAGCGGAGGAAAAACAUAGAUUCCAUUUCUUUAACAGCUUUUUCUUUCGGAAACUUGCUGAUCUUGACAAAGAUCCUUCAAGUAUAGCUGAUGGAAAGGCUGCCUUUCUCCGUGUUCGUAAGUGGACAAGGAAGGUGGACAUGUUUGGCAAGGACUACAUUUUUGUACCGGUGAACUUCAAUCUUCACUGGAGUUUAAUAGUUAUAUGUCACCCUGGUGAAGUGGCUAAUUGUACAGAUCUCGACUUGGAUGACUCCAAAAAGGUACCAUGUAUAUUACAUAUGGAUUCUAUAAAAGGGAGCCAUGCAGGGCUUAAAAAUCUAGUCCAAAGUUACUUGUGCGAGGAAUGGAAGGAGAGGAAUAAAGAGACACCAGAUGAUAUUUCUUCUAGAUUCAUGAAUUUGCGGUUCGUCUCACUUGAGUUGCCACAGCAGGAAAACUCAUUUGACUGUGGCCUCUUUCUGCUGCACUAUCUGGAGCUAUUUCUUGCUGAAGCUCCCCUUAAUUUUAGUCCUUUCAAGAUAUAUAAUGCUUCCAACUUUCUUUACCUGAACUGGUUUCCUCCAGCCGAGGCUUCGUUGAAGCGUACUCUGAUUCAGAAGUUAAUUUUUGAACUCCUUGAAAACCGGUCACGGGAAGUUAGUAAUGAACAGGACCAGUCUUGUGAAAGUCCAGUUACCGUCAAUAACAAUACCGGCAUGGAGGUUCUCUCUGAGAGAUGCAGCCCCUUGAUAGACUCUAAUGGGAAUAUUGGACAGCUGCAAGACGAUCAAGGAAUAGAAAUGACUUUGCUUGAAAGAUCUUCCAUGAGGAACACGCAAGCUGCUAAUGAUUCGGGUAUGGUACUAAGAGAUUUAUUCGAUUCAGGAGCCACCAACACAGGAUCGUUACUUGUACAACUACAACAACCGUUCGAGGAACCAUCUUCAUUUUAUGAUCUUAGCAACAACUCAUUGGCAAGAGAGCAAGUGGAUAUGGAAACUGGUGAGCAGUUUAUGUGUUUGAACGCUGGGGAGGGAAACUUUCAACGCAUCACUGAAAGUACCUCUCCGAGAACAUCUAAUUCAUUCUCUUCAUGGAACCUUGGUAUUCCCCUGGUGCAAAAGGAAGAUGAGACCGAUUUGUUAUCUGAUACUUCAAAAAGCACUUCCAAUGAUGCAGAAGAUGUUGAUACCAUGGAUGACAACCCAGUGGAAAAUAUUAAUGAGGAAGAAACGGGCGAGAGUCCUCCAAGAGAGACCGUCUCUUUAUUAUCUGCAACCAUGAGCUCUACCACUGACCAUAACACUCAGAAUGAAGAGCACGUUGAGCUUGAGGUUCCAUCGAGUCAAGUUGACAGAGACGAGGAAAAGCCAUUGGAGCAUGAUCUUGAAAUGGGGGACAAGACGAGUAAAGAUGUUGGAGAUGAUUGUGAUGAGCAGGAGGAAGAUGAGAAGCGAGCUGCAAAACGGCCAAGGCUAUCAUCUUCCACAUUUGAAGUUGAUGAGAUCGAGAAGACUUAGAGAUUGUGAUAUGUAUAACCGGUCUUGUGUUGGUUCAUGGAUGGUUAGACUAGAUUAUUUAUAUGAAACGUUUAGGAAGUGUUUAUAAAACAUUGUAGAAGAUAUUAAAAAGAAAAAGGAAAGAAAAUGUCUUUUUGUGGUUGAUGAACAUGAAACAUGUAAAAUUUCGAUGCCUUAACUUAGGGUUGAUGAAUAUAGAGUUUUUUUUUUUU